AUGAGAAAUGUGCGUUCUCAAGAAUCGGCAGAGGAAAGAGCACAUCGGUUAAACUCUAUGAGAGUUAGUGCCUCAACUUCUCGAGCCAAUGAAAGCUCUCCAGAAAGAGAGAUGCGAUUAGCAGCUGACGGAGCGAGACGAGCUACAUACCGGGCGUCUCAAAGUUCUUCUCAACGAGAGCUAAGGCUUACCAUUGACCGAGAACAACAUGUGUUAUCCCGAGAAGCUGAAACUGCUUCACAACGAGAAUUGCGGCUCACAGCUGACCGCGAACGGCAUACAUUAUCUCGCGAAUCCGAAACCAACACUGAGAGAGAAUUACGUCUCACAGCUGAUGGCGAGCGGCAUGUACUAUUCUGUGAGUCCGAAACUUUCACUGAAAGGGAAUUGCUGCUCACAGCUGACCGCGAACGGCAUACAUUAUCUCGCGAGUCCGAAACCUACACUGAGAGGGAAUUACGUCUCACAGCUGAUCGCGAACGGCAUGUACUAUUCCGUGAGUCCGAAACCUUCACUGAAAGGGAAUUACGUCUCACAGCUGAUCGCGAACGGCAUGUACCAUCCUGUGAGUCCGAAACCUACACUGAGAGGGAAUUACGUCUAUCAGCUGACCGCGAACGGCAUACAUUAUCUCGCGAGUCCGAAACCUACACUGAGAGAGAAUUACGUCUCACAGCUGAUCGCGAACGUCAUAUUUUAUCUCGAGAAUCUGAAACUUUUACUCAAUAUGAAGACCGUUUGACAAAUGAUAGGGUGCAUCAUAAUAUUAUUCGAUCUCUUGAUGAUGAACAUGAGCAUAAACAACGACUAGAGUCGGGACGCGAAUAUUACAAUUCUUUGAGACAAGAACGAUUAAUAAGUUUGUCUAAUGAAAGAUUAAGAAUUGAAAAUAUUCGGUCUCUUGAAACGGACGAACAGCGAGAGGCCCGUCUUACUGCAGACAGAUUUCGACAUAGUCAAAAAAAAAAAAAAAUAUAA